UUCUAUACUCGUCUGUUUUCUUUGGUCCAGUACUCCUAGUAACCGUAACCUGAAUUGAAACUUUUCAAUUCGGUUGAUUCGGUUGUGUGUAAUCGAAUUUGUACGGUAUGGCUGAUAUGGGUUUAAGUUUAGAUGACAUUAUUAAAAAGUCGAAGUCAUCGGGAAUGAGAGGCAGAGGAGGAAUUCGCAGGGGACUCAACAGAGGCUCACGUGCGAAUGGCCAUAUGAGAGGACGUGGCUCGCAUGUAAUUACGGAUGCACGGUUUAAAAUAAUACAGAAGAAUCGUGAAAAACUGACCGAUGCCAGAGACAAGCUUGCGGAAAUAGCAAAGCAGAGCGAUGCAAGACUCAAGUUGGACAAGAUUCGUGCGUCUCAAUAUAAAAAGAUGGAUGUGCAGCUUCCUGGAAUUUCACGCAAAACUGGUCGAAAUGGCAGACUUUCAUUAUCGACGAACAAGGUGCCGCCUUUGAUGCCGCACGUAUUACCACCAAAUAUAUCAGCUCCUACAAGGGUUGUAGGCUACAGACCACCCACUCUUUCCGAGCCUCAUUAUUUAGGAGACUUGAGUAUGGAUUACACCGAUGAUUAUCUAAUGGAUUCCCCUUCAUUGAGGAGGACUGUGAGUAACGAGUAUGCACCAACACCACCACCUCCACCCCCUGUGUUCAAUAUUCCAGCAUCUCCAUAUACUUGGGUAAAGCCUGCAAGCUCUAAUGUGACUAGAAUUCCAGCUCGAAAAUCUGAUAUAGAAAGAGAACGAGAAAGACAGAGAGAGUAUAAACUUGUUCCACGUUCUUCAAUGACUAAGACUGCUUCGCCUCCUUACAAGGAAGAUUGGAGUUUUGGAACAAAAUCAAGAACAAUUCUAGCGGAAGAACCCGCAGAUUCCAAGUACUAUGAUUCCAGAAGUCUUCGAGACGUAGGAGUUAAAUCGCGUCUUGAUUCAUCUGUGAAUAAAUCGAGAUUAAUGGGCGCUUUAUCGCGACCAAAAGCAAGUUCGUCAAGUUUAUCAACGCAGUCAACGGGCUAUCGAAUUGUAGUAUCCAACUUGCAAGCAAAUGUCACACAAGAGGAUAUCAAGGAAUUAUUUGAAGACGUUGGGGAGCUGCUGGUAUCGAGAUUAGUUCGCCCAGGCACGGCAGAAGUAAUUUAUAAAACAUUGAAGGAUGCGACUAAAGCAGUUGAAACUUACCAUAAUCGACAAUUAGAUGGCCAUCCGAUGAAAUGCCUUCUUGUUAAUCCACGACCAAAAAACAAUCCAACAGGACCAGCAGUGCGAUCUCUUACAGAAUCAAGGCGCAGCGUCAGCUCGAGUUAUGUACAACCGAGUUUAGGAGCGGUGCAUCGCGCGUUAUUUGAUGAUUCUUAAUCGCCUAUAUUACUGUAUUAAUGAUUAUACGAAUGCUUUUGAUAUAAGAAAUAUUAAGAAGGGAAAUGUCACACAUAUUUAAGACAUGAGCAAUGCAGAAUAACCUUAGAAAAAGGGAAUAGAGUGGAAACAGUAUGCAGAUUACCUGUGUGCUUACGUGUGCACGAAUCCAAUUCCCAUCUGCAAUUGUAUCGAUAAAAUAAACUUGUACCAUUCAUUAUCUUCAA